GACAUCACCUUGAUAUGAUACCUUUCCUUGAUACUUCUUCAGGAGAGAACUUCAAGGCUUCUCGUCAGCCGGAUCACAAACGUUAACCUUCGUGUCCCAUUUAUCGCCAAUCUCAGAAGGUCAUCGUUUGAUCGAAGAGGAGAUUAUCAAACAGGUUUCAAACGACAUUUGAUAAAUGUCAUCAGGUACAGCACUUCGCGAAUACGUGGCUGUAGGAGCUGCAGCUGCUGCGGCGCUGUGUGCAUAUGGUCUCUGGAAUUUAAUCUUCGGGGAGAAGCCAGACCCUCCUAAACGCAGUUGGGCAGAUCGAGAUGCAUACUGGGAUGACUACAUGACAGGCGGGUACAUCAAGGAUAAUCAUGACCCCUGUGAUAACUACUAUGUGACAGGGCCUGUGUAUGUGAAGAAAGUUACUUCUACUCCUGCACAAAAGCAACUCACGACAGGCAAAGCUGCUGGUGCAAGUCAACCUUCCAAAGUCAAAGGAAAGAAGAAGACAGCAAAAGGAGGAGGGGACAGGCUACCAACAGAAUGGAGGGAGGUAUUUGAGAGUGAGAUUUGUGCAGCAUUUGCAGAAGAAUGGACCUUAACCAAAGUUCGAACCUUACCCAACAUCAAUGAAGCCAGAGUUGACCAGUGGAAACAGUUCACUGACAAAGCCAAGGUCAAGUUUCAGUGCAGACAUUGCAGAGCCAGCUGGACCUCCUUAAAGGGGCAAGUAAUCUUCCACUACCGCUUGGUGAAGCCAAGGAACUACAAAGGCGAAGUGAAAAUGUUCCUACCAGGGCAGGCAUGCAAAGCUUGCAACAAGUCACGGACCUGUGAGCCGGAAGCUCCCAAGUGGUACAGAGAUGAGAUGGUCAAAGUGAUACAGAAUCUUCGAAACAAGAUCUAUGAAAAGUAUUACCCUGGUGGAGAACAUUAUUCAAAGAGGUUGAAUACGAGUCAGAGAACAGGGAACAUGACCAGCAGCCACGAGGCUGCCCUCUGUGAGGCGUGUCAGCUGGGGGUGUGUGGGAGAAUGAAAAGGGACUAAUGAAGGCAUCUCUAUCCUUGCACAUUUACAUGUAUGAAACCGCUUUAGGCCUUUGGAUAUACAAUUUUGUUUUGUGUGACAUUUUGAAGCAAAGACACAGAAGUUUGUACAUAUAUGUAUGACGGUUAGAUACAUUUAUACAUGUACCUGGACACAGAGCUUAAAGCUUUAUGAAUCAUCAAAACAUAUAAAUGGAGCAGAAAGUGUGAAAUGUGCCUGAGAGUACUCCAUUUACAAUUGUACAUAUAACAUUAUAUACAUGUUCUCAUAAGUUAUAUUACUAGUAUCUCUCUCUCAUAUACAUAACAGUUGUAUAGACAUUUAUAGCUGGACACAGAUCUAAAACUUGAUUAUUGAAGCAUC